CCGCCUCCGCUCUCCGCGCCAGAAUGGCCACCUCUUUCGUCGCCCGUCGUGGCUUUUCCACCACCCGUGCCCAGCUCAGCAGCCCCUACCACUACGCUGAGGGUCCCCGUUCCAACCUUCCCUUCAACCCCCUCACCAAGUACUUCUUCUGGAGAUACUGGGCUUUCAUGAUCACCGGCUUCGGUGCUCCCUUCGGUAUCGCUGUCUGGCAGACCUACAAGACCCGCUAAGCGCCCUAUUGUGCUGUGUAAUAUUCACGCGCAACGGAAACUGGUGGGAUUCGGGGGACCAGCGGUCGAGUGUGUAUCCUAGAUCGGAUGUUUUCGGAAAUUUGUAUAAAGCUGAGGAAUUGAGCACGGUUUU